AUGACAGGGGUUCAGCCAAUGCCCUGUCCGGUGCUCCUGGGCACUGUGAAAGGUGGAGGUUUAUCAGCUCUACUGCACAGAUACACAAUUGAGAAAAAAGUAGCAAAAGUGGAGAAAGUGCUCAAGAAAGGUGUGGGAGUUGACAGCAUGAACCACCUUGGACAGACAUCACUCUUUUGUGCGUCUCUCCUUGGCUUUGCUGGUGUAGCAGAGAAACUUCUACAGUAUGGAGCGAACCCAAAUCACCGCUGUAAUGAUGGAAGUACUCCCGUCCAUGCUGCAGUUUUCUCUUGUAAUCCCUGGUUGCUGAGUUCACUGCUGGAUGCUGGCGGGGACUUGCGUCUCCAUGAUGAUCAGGGCCGGAUACCGAAGGACUGGGCCAAGGCAGGCGCUCAGGAGAACAGUCCGAAGAUGCUUGCUUUUCUGAAGAGAUGCGAGUCUCAAAUGCAGAGCUUGUUGCAAACACAUCUGUCCAGAGUUGCGCGUACCACCCUGACCUCCUCAAAGACACUGCUGAGCUCUCCAUCCCUGCUCAAGCUCUUGCGACCUUGUUGGAAAGGAUGUCGUGUCACUGUUAAAGAGCUACAUGAUCAGAUUUUGCAACAAUGUGAAGAACAUGAUGGUCUCCUGGAUCUGCUCAUUUCUGAGCAGGAGUAUUGCUGUCAGCUGUCUCACCCGCACCUGCUGCUGCUGAUGGCUGUGAGUAUCUCCGCUGACCUGGACAGCACAAAGCUGGUCUAUGAGAGAGUAAAUGUGGGAUCCCUGUACAAUCUGCUGCACCAGAGGCAGGAUGAGUUUCCUUUCCUACCGCUGUUUGACCUAUUAUCAGUGGUGCUACAGGUAUGUGAGGUGUUAAUGUACCUGCAUGGCCAAUCUCUGGUGCUCAGGGCUCUUUCCUCACACACUGUACUUAUAGUGCACCCUGGAGUUGCCAAGGUUACAGGCCUUGGGUUCAUUGUACCCAGUGAGGGAACGACCCCCUACACCCCACCUCCUGUUCCUUUGCCUCUCAGCCUGAUCAACUGGGCAGCUCCAGAAGUGAUUAGAUGUAGAGCAUGUACAGGAAAAGCUGAUCUCUAUAGUGUGUGCGCCCUUUUACAGGAGAUCUUUACAGAUGCUGUGCCAUGGGGCUCCACAGACUCACGCUGGAUAAAACGGUCAGUAGAGGCCGGUCAGGCUCUGAUAGCAAACCCUGCUGUGCCUGAGCCUUAUUACCACUUCCUGCAGACGGGCCUCCAGCACAGAGCCCAGCACAGGACCAGCAGCCUGCAUGAUUUGUGCUACAAUCUACGCUGUCAUAUAAGGGAGAUAAGAAGCGAGAAGACGAGAAGUGGAUGGCACUCAUGGUCAGCUCUUCAGAGCAUCCCUGGAUGGAAUACUGAUAUUAAUCAGACAAGAGAGCAAGACAAAUCUGUAUAUCAGCACUGCAGGACUGCAGUACACAAUGAUAUCCGGGAACAUCACCUGAAAAGAAUCUACAGAGAAGAAGAGGAGUCCACCACAGACACUAAUGACCUCCACUCAGAUAUUUCGCAUAGUGACAUCACUGCUUUGCAUGAAUGGCCAACUACCCAUCAUACCCCACUCACUGAGGCACCUUGUUCAAACCAUACUGAUACAGACAAGGAUCGGGCAAUUAGUCGCUCUAUCUCAAAGCAUACUGGCUCCAUUGUUCUCAACCUCAAAGUGUCUCAGGUUCUUCUACAGCAAGCUGAGCAGAGUCUGGAUAAUGUGGAGGCAGCCCAAUUGGGCACCCCAUGCUUUGAUGAGGUGGAUGCUGUGAUGAAGAGGGCGAACAUGGAAAAAGAGCGCAAUGAUGGUGUUGGGAAGGCUAUGGGGCCACCGUUCGAAAAUUAUAUAUCCAAGUGGACCAUUAAUGGAGAUGAGGAGGUCAGUCAGUGCAGUUCAGCUCAAGAUGAGAGCUUCGAAAGCACAUCCUAUCCUAGUAGUGUACAGGAGGAGAAAAGGGACUUGAAGAGAGUUGAAACAACAAAAAGAGGACAGCAACAGACAGGACGUCAAACGUCUGAGAGGUUAUAUGUACAACUUGGGUUGUCUGAGACCCAGAAAGACAGCACAGGCCGAUCUUGUCUUGAAGAUCAUUUCCAAACAAAACCCUCAUGGACCAGUGAGGUUAGUGAAAUGGUGGCCCUAAUGACACGUGGGUGCUGGGGGUCACCCUUGAGUGCUUUUGGCAGCAGUGACAGUGAGGAUGUAGUGGAGCAACAGCUCCACCUACAGGACAGACAUAGUGUGAACAGCUACCAGGAAUCUGGGACCCAGGAAAGCACUGAUCUGGAGCAACUAUUCAAGAGUUUUGCCGGUAUUCAGAGUGAUAGUGAGGAGAGCACAAAUUACCACACUAUCAAUCACACUUUUGAUGUGACCAAUGGUGUGCUGGAGGCUACAAGCCAAACAGAGGACGAGGGAAGUUCAGAUGGUGCAGACUGUACACAGACACAGCAAUCUAGCAUGUUCUACACACCCAAACACUACCUGUCCAACUGCGCAUCAUCUGGUGAAGAGCGUUCUCAGUCAGAGGAUGAGUUGGACGUCACAGUGGAGGUGUGUCGACCCAGCUCAUCCCCAGCAGAGGGAAAACAGGCUGUUGAAAACAGUCUGAGUGAAUACCAUCUUGCUCAAGAGGACUCAAAGGAUUCAGAAUCUAUUACCCCUGUGCACAGGUGCAUUCCUACCAUCAGUUGUUUGCCAGACCUGGCUGAGAUUGCAGACCACUCCACCAUAUCCUGUUCACCAGCCCAUCACCAAGAAUGGGUGGAGUCAGCUGAAGCCCCACCCAUCCCUCUCAGCAGAGGACAUCCACCUUGUAACAGCACCCCACGCAGCCCAAAAGGCCAUAGGACACACAUUCAAUAUGUGCAGGUUGGAACUGAACCCCUCCCUCACCUCCAGAGCCUGUUGGACUCGUCACCAUGGGGCAGUGCUCCAUCCCAUACUGUCUGCACAGAGAGUUACGCCACAGCCAGCGCAGGAGACAGCAGCACUACAAAUGCCUCUGUGUCCAGCAUCCUGCAGUCUCCAGUGUUAAUCAACAUCUCUAAGGAUGGAAGGGAGGAAAUAGACUCUCCCUCCAGCGGUAAUGCAGAAUUCACCACUGCCAGCUCUGGAGCUAGACAGACCACUGAGACCAGCCAGGGGACCAGUGAAGAGAUAGAGCUUCCUAUUGAGAAUACUGAUGUGGAUGAGGAGGGACAGGAGGUAGGUGAUGGCCCGUCAGAUUCUGAACAUCAAUGUGAGCAAGAGUCCGCUGAUGAAAAGGUGUUUGAAGAUGAAAACAAUGCAGAGAGGAUGGAAGGGUGUGAGGGUGAAAACCCAUGUCAGAUACAUGACCAGCAUCCAGAUGUCAACCCUGCUGAUAUGGAUAGUAAUGCAAACUUGCGGAGUCAUAGCCUUGAUGAAACGGAGAGGGUAAGCUUCACCCUUGAUGAGGAUCUACAGAGAAUGCUUUUGGAAAGAGCCACAGAGCAGAGAACCCCUAGAGACUCAGGGUCCUUCGUGUCUCAGUCUGACAUAAAAGGAGAUGGGGAUGUGAAAGAGGACUUGGGUUGUCCAGAAGGGGACUACAUAGAGACAUCAGAAUGUAUAAACGAGCUGGGAGAGAAGAUUGAGGCAGCUGAUCAGGAGAACCAUCCUAACAGCAGAGUUCUUGAGCAGACAGUUCCAGAGUCAGUCAAUCUGCACCGUUAAAGAUGAGCCG